AUGGAAAUCGAUCCAGAAAGCUAUGACAACCAUGUCGAAGGUGGAAUUUAUGAUGAUGUAGUCCGACAGCUCAUGGCUUUGCUGAAGGGAAUGUCUUUAGAGGACGCUACCUACAAGGAUGACUUCAUCCGGGACAACAAUGUCAACACUGGAAACUUUUCCUACAGAGCAGAAUAUGAAACCAUACUAGUGGGGGAAAUCAUGCCUCGUCCAUGCGGCACCAAGUUUGGAGCUAUAGGCAAUCAUUACCUAGGGACAGCGAGCACACCAAAUGUGAUCGACAAUAGAACACGGGUGAAAGGUGUUCUCACCCUGGGGCAGCCGACACAACCUACGCAAAUGAUGUAUGUCAAUUUCAGCAACCAAAUCGCGACUUUGGAUGAUAUCGUCCAGAGUGACAUCAAAGAACUGAAAAAACAAAACAAGGACAUUAAUAUAAAGGAGUGGACUACGCACGCAGGGACCAACCAAACGGGUGCACCAGAAUUCAUCAUGGUCAACACCGAGCAAUUAUAUGCAGUUCCAAAAGGCGCUCAACAAGCCAUGCAAGGCAAGCGCCCGAGAGUGGCCAAAAAAGCGAUUGCCAACACUAAUGAGGGUGCUGAGAGCAAGUCUACUGACGCAACUGCAAAUGGAAGUAACAAAGAAUCCACGCAGGAGAGUGCCAUAACGACGAACACAUUCUAUGAGCCUACCGUGCUCCCAGAUUACGGAGGGGACCUGUUUCAGCAUGUCAAUGCCAAACUCCAUCAGCUUGAUAUCAGGAAUGUGGAAAAUGUCUUGAUCCCACCUCAGGAGUGGUACACUAGCCUCAAGCGCGGCACUCUCGUCAUGAUCAGGGCGACUCUACAUGCUUUCAAUUGGAAGGAACACCGGAUUUACCAAAUAAACGCACACACUAUUUGUGUUAUGGAUCCCUCCAAGUUCGAGGUUGAGCCAUUUAGCUCUCAACCAAAUGGAUUUGAUUAUGAUGGAGGCGCUUCAUCCUCCAAAUCACGUGCUGCAGACGCCAUGGCUGGUGUCCAAUUGGGCAAAAGGACGAGGGAAGCUUGAACAGCAGAACACGCUUUCUCUGAGGUUUAAGCGAGCAGGUAACAUUGUAAGAUAAAUUAUGUGAUGAGGUUGUAUGUAUUAUUAGCGGCUGGCAAAUGCAGAGUUUCGAGACUGAGUGGCAACGUUCCUUAAU